AUGCCUCUGACCUUGGAAGAUAUCCGCAAGGUCUACGAGAGAAUAUAUUUCGAUGUUGGCGAAACCAAAAGACUGCACUUAUUUCUCGACCUCAAGCUCACCAGUUAUUUGUACCAUGCGGUGGCCCUGGAAGAUACCAAGACGGAGGAGCUGAUUGACUACCCCGACGCUCGGUUGAGCGAGCAGGAGCAGCUGGUGGAGUACCAUGAGUGCGAGGGAGAUGCAUUGUUGGUCAAGUUUCCCACCGAGAACCGAUUUCUGACCCAAGAGAACGAAAAGGAGCUCAACAGUGAGAAUAUCUCCGACGCUGUGUUUGAGUGUCUGAAGACAAGGCUUCGGAAGCGAGAACCGCAACUGACGGCGGCUGCCAAGAUCAGACGGGGUGGCGACUUCGAUUUCCACAUCAUUUCAAAAGAGGGAACAGCAAUAGGAGUGCAUUCUGUGGUUCUAUCUGCUGUCUGGCCCUUCUUCAAGGCUCUGAUGGAUUCAAACAUGCAGGAGACGGCCAACAGAAGACUGCUGUUAUCCUAUCCGCACGAAUGGGUGGAAGCAUUGGUCUCGUACUUGUACGAGGAAGAGCAGCAAAUGGGUUUCGAGCUGGCCUCGGGCGUUUUGGUGCUGUCAAGUGUCUACGAUCUUCCCGAGUUGACCGCCAUGGCCAGAACGCGGGUGCUCAAGGAGCCUCUGGACACUGUCAAGAGUCUUCUAGGAUGGAGAAAUGCAUACGAGGCCCGCUGUGAAGAGGUGCAAUUGCAUAUGGCGCGGUUUUUGGCCGGUCACAGACACGAACUACACAGCAGCGGGGCUUUGGAGGAGCUGUCUCUGGAGGAAGUUGAUCAGCUGGAGGAGGAUUUGAGGGUGGAAGAGGAGACAUUGAGGGCUUAA